UGUCCGCGAGAGGUUGUUCGUUCUGUAACGUGAUAACCAGACGCAGGUUACGUACGCAGGUGAAAUAACACGGUGCAAGUAGAUGUGCGUUGCCGACGGAUUUUCAAAAAAAAGAAUAAAAUCUCCGAUUUGCAAUGCUGAACUCAGCUGACGUGUGUGUGUGGCAACCGGUUUACAGAAGGUGACGACAGGUGCAAACGCAAGAACAAUCAAUGUUUAUCCAUAUGGAAAUAAAUGAAACUUUUUAUUUAACACGUAAAAAAAUACGGAAAGUCAGCAUGCUUCUCUACGACAAUAUACGUCGAUUGUUUGAGUUGUUACUUUGAUAGAACGUGACAUUCCGGAAUUAAAUUGCAAGAAGAAAUUCCGAAUCAUUCUUGUAAAUAAGUAAAGUUUUUUCUAAGUUUCGUGUGGAUUAAGUUAAAGAUCGUGUUAAAUCACAAAGAGAAAAUCCUGAGUCAUUCUCACUUUGUAUUGCAACAAGGUCUAUUUGUGAUACUUGUAUAGUGAUACUACAAGAGUUACUUCUUCUGUGCCUUAAUUAAUUCUUCCAAUUGUAAAUACACGUGAUUGAGAUGAAUCUGCAAACUCUAAAUGAUUACUUGGAGACGCAUUCUGGUCGAGACAAGAUAUUAAAAACUCUAUCGUAUACAGCGAAACUGCUCACUGUAUGUUCGUCAAAAAGUGUUGAAAAAAAACUGAUCACUUUUGGAAGCCAAAUGAGCAAAUGUAGAGUAAUGUUGCGUUUGUUAGAUGAUCUGCCAAGACUUACUGACUUGAUACAAUACGGAUGGGGAAAGAAGGAACAUGACAGGUUAAUUAGAUGGACUCAAGUGAUACAAAAUCUGAUAGACACAAUUGCCUCUCCUAUAGAGCAUAUUGCUUGGGCUGGUCAACUCAAUAUUGUAUCUAUUAAUGUUAACAAAUGGGAUCUUGUUGUAGUUAUAUUGUGGAUACUUUCGUUAAAACUGUCUUUACUAAGAUCAAUUAGACAGCUUGUAAAACUUCAAGAAAAUUAUAAACAUGUACAUGUUUCACAUUUAGAGACGCCGAAAAAAUAUAUUGUACAACGGCGAAAUUUAAUAUUGGCGUGCACAUGCUGUGGAUUGGAUAUGAUCUAUGCAAUUAGUUACCUACCACCUGGCGUACUUUGGGGCGGUCGUUUAAAAACAUGGCACGUUGGAGCACUUGGCACGACAUCAUCGUUAAUCGGACUUUACAGAGCUUUCAGCAAACAAAAGAUUAAAAAGGCUGAAUGAGACCUGUCAAAUAAAAGUUAACGGAUUGUUGUCUAGUAUUGUUACUUCAGACAAAGUUACUAUAAUUAUUUUUAACAUACAUAUAGAGAGAUUUUAUCGUUAUAUAUGUAUGUAUAUAUGUUAUAUAUGUAUAUAUAUAUAUUUAUAUUAUUGUUAUUUGAUUGUAUAAUAUAUUUUAUAUAAGGAAUAAUGCACAUCAGGAUUUCUCAAGUGGAGAUAUUCGGUGAUGGUCCAAGUACGAGGUUUUUUCCGUCUUCCAUAAACUUCUUUUUUCUCAUUCGCACAAAACCUCUUUGAGAAACGCGAUAUAUAUAUAUAUUGAUCUUGGUGAAAAAUGUCUGCGAAAUGAGAUGUUGGUAAACUCCUGAUGUACAUAUAUAAAAACUGAGCUUGGAGUUUCUUAUUCAUUAUUUUUACUUAUGUAACAAACAAAAUGUGAUUUUUGCUACAAAAUUUAGAAAAUAGAUGCGUAAGGUGUUUUGUAUGAAUAAAGACUAUUGUGCCAUUCA